AUGGCUGACUACGAUCUGACAAAAACGAUCAUCCCCUACUGCGAUCGGCACCUCGUCUUUCCCCUCCUCGCCCACCUCGCCGAGAGCGAGCUCUUCCCGGUCGAAGAGCUCCAGGCAGCCCAGUAUGAGCUCGCAAAGGAGACGAACAUGGUCGACUACGCCGUCAAUCUCUUUGAGCAGCUGCAUCCAGAGGAGGAGGUCCCAAAAGAGUUCACCGACAAGCGCGAUAAGGCGGUAUUAACGAACGAGCAGCUGCAGCAGGCCGCGCAGGCCGUAUUAGAUGUGAUUGAGAAGCCCGAGGUCGCGCAAGCCCUCCGGCAGGACAAGAACCAAAACUUGCAGUUCCUCCGCGACAACUACAAUGUCACGGUCGAGCAGAUCAUCGCGCUCUACAACUUCGGCAAGUUCCAGUACUCGUACGGCAACUACUCCGGCGCCGCCGACUACCUCUACCACUUCCGCAUCCUCUCCACAGACCCUGACCUCACCAUCUCUGCCCACUGGGGCAAGCUAGCCUGCGACAUUCUCACCGGCAAAUGGGACACCGCGCUCGAGGAACUCAACUCCCUCCGCGAGGCCAUCGACGCCCGCGCCUCCUCUCACCCACAAUUCACCGCCUCUUCCGCCGCGGUCGACCCCGCGCUCGGCCAACUCCACUCCCGCACCUGGCUUCUCCACUGGUCCCUCUUCGUCUAUUUCAACCACCCCCAGGGGCGCACGCUCCUUCUCGAGACCUUCCUCUCCCCGACGUACCUGAACACCAUCCAGACCUCGUCCCCGUGGGUGCUCCGCUAUCUCGCGACCGCCGCCGUGCUCUCGCGCAAGUCGAGCUCGGGUGCGCUCUCCUCGCGCGUCCGCCACUCGAUCCGCGAGAUCGUCAAGGUCGUCCAGAUGGAGGAGUACCAGUACACGGACCCGGUCACCCGCUUCCUCCGCGAACUCUACGUCGAGUUUGACUUCGAAGCCGCCCAGAAGGAGCUCUCGCUCGCCGAGACCAUCGUCGCGAAUGAUUUCUUCCUGGGCGAGUUCCGGGACGAGUUCAUGGACAACGCCCGCUACCUGGUCACGGAGGCGUACUGCCGGAUACACCAGCGCAUAGACAUCGCUGAUCUCUCCGAGCGCCUCAACCUCUCGCGCGACGAGGGCGAGAAGUGGAUCGUGAACCUCAUCCGCGAGACGCGCAUGGGCGCAGACGCCAAGAUCGAUCUUGAGAAGAACGUGAUCGAGAUUCACCGCCCACCACUGCCGAUGUACCAGACGGUGAUCGAGAAGACGCGGGGGCUCGCGUUCCGCACCCAGGCGCUCGGCGCGGCGAUGUCGCGCACGCACCAGCCCGCGGGCGCGCCCGAGCCCGCACAGCCAGCCGUCGUCGAGGCGCAGUGA